GGUACGAUCGUAAAGCGUACACCGGAGCGACCGUAAGAAACGAAAUGUAUUACGUUGGAAUUGGCGUGUGCAAUGCGAGACGGGGGAAGAUAUUGGAAUAAUUUAUAUCGCGUAUCAAGAUCCGUGUUAUCUUCGCGGGCCUAAUGUAGGCUGGACGAAACCACUGAGUUAAGGGGAUGGAGGAGGUCACAAGUUCAAAAGUUCAGUCGUUUAUAAAUGUCUCCGGAAUCUACGAACAGCGAGGUGAUCCGAAAUCUGGGCAUUAAUAAGUCACUAAAUUAUUCGUCAAUCGUGAAGUUGUCUUUCCGAAAAAAAAAGAAAAAAAAAAAAAAAGAAAAAAAGAAAAAAGAAAAGAAAAGAAAAAGAAAGAUUAUAAACGAGGACGUUAUAUAUAAUCGUAUCGUUUGUUCGUUUAUUAAUCGUAUUUACGAUACAAAUUGGAUUAUGGUAUAGAUCUGUUGUAUUUAAGAGCAACAACAAUGAAAAAAAUAUUUGAUACUAUAAUCACGAUAAUCUUUGAUAUGAGACAAAUAUUUUAAAGCUUUCGAUAAAAAAAAAAAAAAAAAAAAAGAAAAAAGAAAAAAAAAAGAAGGAUAUCAUCGAUCGAGAUUGGCAAGGAAAACGAGAACUCAAAGAACGAUCGUAAAUGUUAAAAGUUUUACGAUUCUUUCUACGAUGCGUAAAACGCGUAUAAAUUCAACGAACGCAUAUAACGAUUAAGUUUAUAGCUUUGAAACGAUACGUAUCUCAUGGCGAAUCUUUGAAAUUACAUUGAUUUAUCUAUCUAUUCUGGCAUCUAGUAGAAAGCUCUCUUUUCGUUCUAUCUCCUUUACGUGCCAAAUCAGUACAUUUUAUCGACAUUAUAACGCACUCUCGUGAUCUCAUAAAAUAACUGGAAAAUUUUCUUUAAAUCGCUUUAACCCAUUCAUAUAAUAUACGAAAAUAUACAAUUCGUCAUUUUAAUUCAACGACGAUGCCAUAACAAAUGUGAGUCUUUGGAUUCGUUGAAAAACAUUUGCCAGGACCAGUUAUAUUCCUUCGAAAGAAAGGAUACUCUGGUGAAAAGAGUGUUUCAUUUCCCGUGUCUCGCCAUUUGCUUUAUGAAGGAACCACCCUCUUAGAGGUAUCGUGAGGUUACGGCCUUAGGGCAAAGAGCAAACGAGAAAGAUAGAGAGUGAAAGAGAAAGAGAAAGAGGAAGAAGCGGAAGGGCUGAAAGCGUUGCUUCUCUCCGUUCUACGUUCUCUCCUCACCUCGUUUCGCGACCCUCUCUAGAGUGAUAUUGUCAGCAUUUGGUGGCUUUAUAUAUCGAAUCUCUCAAAUAGAGCAGUGGAUUCGAAGUGUUCUGGCUUGCGGUGGUAUUAACAAGGAACUUUCGAGAGCCUCUUGGCGAUUGAACAAUCGCGAUCUCCGGGUACAAAAGAUAAAAAUCUUUCUCUUUUUUCUUUUUUUUUCUUUUUUUUUUUUUAAAGAAUCAGUCGACUCCGCAUCUUUAAAACACGAUCUUAUAUUGAUUUAGCAUUGUACCCUCCCAUGGCUUUUCAUUUUUUAUCCCCAUCGUUUGCUCUUUCCCAAUCCCUCCUUCCCUCUUCCAUCUUUCUUCUCACUUUCUCCUUCUUUUUCUCUCUCACUUUCUUCCUCUUUCUUCCUUUUUGACCCCUCUUCUCACUCUAUCUCUGUUUCUAUCCUUCUAAUAGAACAGAAGGAUGGGCUCAAGAAACGAACUUCGUGAAAAGACUUCGUAAACGUUCCCAAUUUUAUUGGAACACUAGUUGCUCGGCUGCUCGAAGCGUUUAUGUUCGAAAUACGAAGAUCAUGCCGCGAAUACGAAUGUUGGAAAUAAAAUGGCUAUACUCAACUGUCUACUUAGGAAUUCGAUUUCGCCUUGUGUUCGGUUAAUACUUUUUCCAUGACAAUUGAGUAAUGUAGUUUGUUUAAUCGGAUUUGAAUAUUAGAUAAUAUGAAGCUGCAAGAUACUAGAUGGCAAGAUUGAUAGUUAAUUUAAUUUACGAAUUGAUUAUACGAAACUAUUCUUCCGUCGAUAAAUCAAAUGAUUGUAAGAAUCCAUAGAAAGGAAAUAUUUCAAAGAAAUUGAUGAAACAAAUAUUAGGAAAUACUGCUUAGAUUUUUCUUUUUUUUCUUUUCCUUUUUCUUUUUUUUUCUUUUUUUUUUUUUUUUAAUAGAACGUCGUUGAUUAUGCAAAUUAAACAGCAUUUUCUGCACUUCCAUUUUAUUCCUCCAAAUCCAACAUAAAUCUUAAAGAAAAAGUGUCCCUUUCCCGGUCACGUAUUUUAUCAUUUGCCGGAGAACCAAAGUACCGUCUCGCUCGAUUGCUAUGUAAACGGUCUACUAACUUAACAGCUGACUGAAAGGAAAGAGACACGGUAUUUACUCGUGCAUACAGAGACUUUUAUGAGCGUAUCAUUAAAAAGCGAACUUUAGUCAGAUCUUUUUAAUUCAAAACCGUGCGCCAACGAGAAAAUUACGAUGAGCGUAGCUUUAUUUGUACUUUUCAAAGAAGAACCUACAUUAAAUCCAACGAGAGAGUAAGUUAUUGGGGUACUUCGAAUACGAUUAAAUCCACCGUUCGUUAGUUUAAAAAGAGUCAUAGAAAGAGAGAAAGAGAGAGAGAGAGAGAGAGAGAGAGAGAGAGAGAGAGAGAAGGUGCGGUCUUCGUCAAAAGCUCAAUCGUCGAUAGAAGGAAGCACCCUUGGUGUAGAGUAGCCUUUUUACCAAGCAAUAGCUCGAAACACAAAAGAAUACCAGCGACAUGAGCAGCACGAUCAACAGAAACAGAAAACCCGCUUUACUCGUCGUUGUUGAGAACAUUUGGACGAUGGCGCCACCGUGAAAGAACGCCUCUAACCCUCGAGAAUAGUAGAGACGAACGACGACGAAUCCACCCCCCUCGCGAAAGCGCUCUUCCGGCAGCAGCAGCAGCACCAGUACCACCAGCAGCAGGGUACUUUGGAAAGCCGCCAUUUCUGCCUAACACCCGCAGUCGCUAUAUUCGCGCUUUAAUGCCAAUGAAAUGUCAAGGCACGUCGGACGUUAUAGACUCGGCGACGUCGUCGGGACAUUCGGUUACUCAUUCGUGAGCUCGCGCAUCCUCGUUUUUUCGCGCGUUUCCGUGGCGUGUCGGUGUCGGUGGUGUCGUCGUUGGCCCUCGUCGUGCUCGUGCUCGUGCUCGUGCUCGUGCUCGUACAACGAGCGCCCAUACACAAGAGCCCAAAGAACGCCGUGAUAAUAUUGUAACGCAGCCUCCUCGAACUCGCGCCUUUCCAUCAUUGGCAGUGAGGUGACAAUUCAUAACCGGAUAAAUCCGGACAAAUCACUUAAUAAGUGACUAAUCAAGGUACAAGAGCCUAAGGAUAAAACUUCGGGGAAGAUCGAGGCCAGCCCUGAACAAUCGUUUGACCUUGGAGCACGAGGUGACCAGGGUGUCAGUAGGAAAGAAGACUAUACUGGCUGAACAGAGGGAACCCCUGAUCAAAAUUUCAUAUGCCUCGAACAACGGUCAGGUAAAGGGACUCGUUUAUCGGAGAUCGCUGCCGAAUCGGUUCGCGAUGAGCGAGCAAGAUGUGGACGACGUUGCCUUUUUGACAGAAGACAGCAACACCGGAUUGCACAAACGUAGCAUUUACGAGCCCAAUGGAAUCGUUUGCUCACAAAAAAGAGCACUUUGCAUAGCCACCGUCGUUUUCGCGCUACUUUUCGCCAUAUCACUCAUCAUUGCCUUCGCGGGACCACAAAAUGACUGCCCUUGCGCUGGACAAAGGCCGGCCAAUAUGGAAAUCGAAGACGAUGAAGAGAGCAACGAGCCUAUCGCAACUAAUGGGGAGGUGUUCCCAUGGAAUAACGUCAGACUACCUACAUUCGUGCAUCCUACUAGGUAUAACAUUACCAUCCAUCCAAAUCUUACCACCUUAGAAGUUAAAGGACAGGUCACGAUCGAAUUUUACGUCGAUAAAGAGACCAAUUUUAUCGUCUUCCAUAGUAACAACUUGACAAUAAAUGAAAAGAUGGUCCAAGAUCGCAAAGGCCACAGAUUGAAAAUUGCAAAAUUGCUGGAGUACCCGACGCACCAGCAAUUGUAUCUCCAACUGGAAGAGAGCAAAUUUCGUAAAAGGGGCAAUUACACGGUCCACCUGAGAUUCGUUUCAAAGCUGGCGAGUGAACUGGAGGGUUUUUAUCUCAGCAGUUACGUCACCGCCGAUGGAGAAAAGAGGUACUUGGCAACGACUCAUUUUGAACCCACGUAUGCACGAUCGGCGUUUCCCUGUUUCGACGAGCCGCAGUUCAAAGCAAAAUUCAAGGUCUCCAUAUUUAGGGAUAGAUUUCACAUAGCGCUUUGCAACAUGCCUGUUGUCAAUACGGAGGAUGCUGGAUUUUAUAUGGGCACUGGUCUUCUUCGAGAUGACUUUCAACAAUCCGUCGAAAUGUCGACUUAUUUGGUGGCGUUCGUUGUGUGCGAUUUUAAGAGGAUUUCCGAGAUGACAAAGAGAAACAUUUCUGUGAGCGUUUACACAGCAGAAUCGAUGCUUCCUCAAGCGAGAUACGCAGUGGAUAUCGCUGCACGUACAAUGGAUUACUUUGAGUCUUUCUUUGGAGUACAUUAUCCACUGCCUAAACAAGAUUUGAUCGCGAUUCCUGAUUUUGGUGCCGGAGCAAUGGAAAACUGGGGCCUAAUUACUUAUCGAGAAACUGCAAUACUUUACGAUCCCGAAGAAACAUCGACUGCUACACAUGAAUGGAUUGCCGUUAUUGUUGCCCACGAAUUAGCACACCAAUGGUUCGGUAAUCUCGUUACGAUGAAAUGGUGGAACGACCUUUGGCUGAACGAAGGAGCGGCCAGUUUCUUCGAGUACAAAGGAGUCAAUCACAUUUCGCCGGAAUGGAGUAUGAUGGAUCAGUUCAUUCUUGACAAAACGCAACCUGCUUUAGAUCUUGAUGCACUCGCCAGUAGUCAUCCUAUCAGUAUACAUGUCAACGACCCAAGAGAGAUCGAAGCUAUCUUCGAUACGAUCAGCUACAGCAAAGGUGCCUCGAUUCUCAACAUGCUUGAAGGUUUCCUUUGCGAAGACGUUUUGAGAAGUGGACUAAACGAUUAUCUCAAUAGUCACGCUUAUGGAAAUGCGGACACCAAAGACCUUUGGGGCGUUUUCACUAAACACGCCAAUCGCACGUUUGACGUUAAAGCCAUAAUGGAUACGUGGACUCAACAAAUGGGUUUUCCUCUGAUCACGAUAAUCCGUGAUGGAAAUACCAUCACAGCCAGUCAGAAAAGAUUUCUCGUCUUGCCGAAUGAAAAUGAUACAGAAAUUUCCAAUCAAAAAUCACCUUUCAACUACAAAUGGUACAUUCCUUUGAGUUACUAUACGGACAAGGAACCGCAAAAACUGCACAACGUAUGGAUGAAUUUAACCGACGUGACCUUCGAAAUUACGAGCGACGUCGAGUACAUCAAGUGCAAUAUCAAUCAAAGUGGAUUUUAUCGAGUGACCUAUCCUGAGGACAUGUGGAUGUCAAUCAUCAUGACUUUACAUAACAAUCACACGCAGUUUAGUCCGGCAGAUCGUGCAAAUCUUAUUGAUGACGCGUUCACGUUAUGCGAAGCGGGCGAAUUAAAUGCUACUAUCCCUUUGGAACUAUCUUUGUACCUUCUUAACGAAAGAGAUUACGUUCCAUGGGCUACGGCCCUCAGGUACCUACACUCUUGGAAGGAAAGAUUAGCCGAAAGUAAGGCGUACAAGAGAUACAUCGAAUUUCUUAAACGAUUGUUAGGUCCUGUUACAAAAUAUGUCGGCUGGACGGACGAAGGAUCUCAUUUAGAUAAAUUAUUACGAAUUGGGGUGCUACAAUCUGCGGUAUCGGUGAAAUUGAACAGCGUCGUGGAACCAGCGAAAACACUCUUUAACGAUUGGAUGUCGAAUAGCAAACGUAUCGGCCCAAACAUUCGUGAUGUUGUUUACGUUGCAGGAAUAAAAUUUGGUGGAGAAGAUGAAUGGAACUAUUGUUGGUCGGUUUAUCAGAAAACACAAGUUCCUAGCGAGAAAACGUUGAUGUUACAAGCGCUUGGUGCUACCUCGGAUCCGUGGUUGUUACAACGUUAUCUUUUACGUUCCUUGGAUCGAGAGAAGGUGAGACCUCAAGACGUUGAGACUGUUAUAGGAUCCGUGGCUACUAAUCCAGAAGGACAGUUUCUUGCUUGGCGACAUCUUAAAGCAUACUGGCACGAUAUACAAAAUUUGUUUGGUAAUGGUACGCUCACUAUGGGUGGCUUGAUAUCCGUUGUUACGUCGGAUUUCUUUACGGAACACGAUUACCGCGAGGUUUCCGAAUUUUUCAAGAAAGUGGACGUUGGUAGCGGUAAACGGGCGCUAGAACAGAGCUUGGAGACGAUAAGAUUCAAUAUUCAUUGGGUGAAAAACAAUGUGGACGUACUGGACGACUGGUUGAUCAGCUAUUUGGACGUUCACUCGUGUUAACCCUUGCUCGUCGGAAAUGGGACAGCAAUGACCCGGAGUUGUUCGGUCGUUUUAUCGGUAUGGCUAUUUUUGUUCAUUAUAUUUAUACGAGAUACCCACCGAGCGGGUAUAAUAACGCGACAUAGCCUACUUGAAAAGGCCGAGAUCCGAGCGCGCUAUUAAAACGGUCAGGGAUGGCCCAUUUCCGCCAAAUUUUCCCUCUGUGGUUUUGUUUUUCUUUUUCGUCGAAAGACUAUUUCUACCUAGGCAACAAUUAGACUGCAAAGAAAGACAAUCCGACAACGAGACGAGAGGGACGGGGAGAGGGCCUUUACUGCUCUAGCUUUUCACUGAUGAAAAUUACACACGUAUACAUACACGUUUACACCGAGAACCCCGCUGGGUAUACAAAAGCUAUUUCUCUCUCUCUUUCUCUCUCUCUCUCUCUCUCUCUCUCUCUCUCUCUCUCUCUCUCUCUCUCUCUCUCUCUCUCUCUCUCUCUCAGUCUCAUGAUUAGGCCUCGCCUGUCGGAAAAGAAAUCUUCUUGACAGUUGAUGACGAGCGUAAUACUUGCCGAAUUGUUUGUAUGUAACAUAUUAUACACCGAUUUAUACGCACUUUCGAAAGUAUUUAUUUACUGUACACGCGGUGCGUGCAGAUUGGAAUAUUAGGUGUAAAGAAGCGUAAGCGUAAAAAAAAAAAAAAAAAAGAAAAGAAAAAAAAAAGGAAGAAGAAAAAACAGGAAAAAAAAGAAACAAAAUAGAAGAGAAGGGAAAAAGAAAAAUAAAACAAAAAAAAAAAAAGAAAAGGAAAGAAGGAAAAAAUAAGAGAGACGAAGAAAAUUUAUAAUAUUAUAAGGGGAGGGAAAUAGGGGGAAAUAGAAGACGAUGUUAUUUUACAGGGUAGUCGUUGACCCGUCGUCGACGCGUCGACGAACCAGGGCUAACGACCUACGCCUCGAAGGACGUUUAAAAACAGUCUUUCGUCUUCCCCUGAGUAUAUUGAACUUUAAAGGAGUGACAAUAGUCACCUCCACGUGAUGCCCAACGCCCCAUUCCUAAGAACCCAUCCAUCGAAGUGUAUUAAGUUUGUACGUAGUGCGACGAACGGAUCGAACUUGUUGUGGGGGAAGGCAAGGAGGAAAUUUAAAAAAAAAAAAAAAAAAGAAAGAAAGAAAGAAAAAGAAAUGUGCUUGAACGAUGGCGAUAAUGAUAAUGAUGAUCAUGAUGAUGAUGAUGAUCAUGAUGAUGAUGAUAAUGAUGAUGAUAAUGAUGUCGAUCGAAGAAACAGAAAAAUUCGAGAAGUAGCUAAAAUCGGCGGUUAUUGUUUAGAUGUAAUCAAUUUAUCAUAGAGGAUGUCCGAAACAAAGUUCGUAUGAGCAGUCACUUUGUACGUUUUAAGUAGCAUAUCAACUAUUAGAUGGUCCGAAAAGCAAAAUCCAAAUCCGAGUCUAUUUCGAAGGAGAUCAUUGGUAUCGUCUCUCUGCGAAAGGCAACGGGAAAGAUUUACGAGUUUAGUAUAUGUAUGUAAUAUUAUGAAACAUCGAGAAGAUAAAAAAAAAAAAAAAAAAGAAAGAAAAAAAAAAGAAGAAUGAAAAAUAAUGAAACAGACGGUUUUGCCGGUGGUGAGUGAAUUAAAAGGAAAACGAAAAAGAAAAACAAAAAAAAAAAGAGGAAAAGAAAAGAAAAGGGGAAAAAAAUGAACAUAAGCAAAGAAAAGAACAAAAAAAAGAAAAGAAGAAAAUAAAAAAAAAAAAAUGAAAAAAAAAAAAAAAUAAACGUACCGUGUAUGUUAUAUCCACGUGUAUAAUUCGUAUUCGCUACAGGUUGUUGGAAGCGCGGGAAUGAUUGUACGUCUCGCGUGGAGCUGAUCGUUCUCCGUGUGUGAAGUGUAGCCAUAUAUAGAAAAUCGGAUAUUUUAUUAUGAGAAAAAAGUGUAUAGAUUUAUAUCAUCCUGUGACGCUUUGUACGGUGUGCAUGAAAAAAAAAAAAAAAAAAAAAAAAAAGAAAAAAGAAAAAAAAAGGAAAAAGAAAGAAAAAGAAACAAAAAAACCCACAACAACAACAACAACAACAACAACAACAACAACAACAAUAACAACAACAAACGAACAAAGAAAAAAAGAAAAGAGUGAACUAAAAAGAAGAAAAAAAGAAAAGAUAAGAAAAGUUACAGAAGGAAAAAACAUUAUUAGGGAGUAAGGAAUCGUCGUGCGUCGUGCUCUCAAGAGUCGUAAAAAAAGUUUAUUAAUGAGUAAAAGAAAAGGGAAAAAGAAAAGAAAAGGACAAGAGAGAGAGAGAGAGAGAGAGAGAGAAAAGAAAUUAUAAGAGAAGAAAACCGUCUACGGUGCCGAGACGCGGAGAGGUGAUUAAUAAUAAUAAUAAUUAAUAAUAAAAAAUAACGAUAAUGAUAAUAUAUGCAAAAGCGGUCCUAAUCAUUGCGCCUCAACGUUUAAGAGAGUUAACUCGUCGCAACUGACAAUGAGAGACCAUCAUUCGUUUCUCACUUUCUUCCUUAUCCUUUCCCUAUUUUGUAUUUUCUAUAAUAAUUUCCUCUAGCCACAUCCCCUCCCCCCUCCGUUCUUAUCUUCGUUGUUUCCAUAAUUUCGUAUCAUUCGUAUCGUUCACGCGAAAGAAACGUUCGUUCCUCGUUGGGGCGCGCGAAACGAGAGGCGACACACAUACAUACAUAUAUAUAUAUAUAUAUAUAUAUAUAUAUAUAUAUAUAUAUAUACACGCAAAACACAUACAUGAAUGAACACACAUAGAGAAAUUUUCCUAGCGCGAGCGUGAGUGAGAAGGGGAAAAAAGAAAAAGAAAGAAAAAAAAAAAAAAAAAGAAAAUACCUACACGAAAGGUCGAAAGACAAAUGUCAAAAAAGUACUCUCCUCGCUAUCUUUUACGCGUCUCGUUAUCUUCCACUGCCCACCGUAAUUUCCGAUGAAACGAAUAUGUUAAUCGAACCUUUCGAAAAAUAUAUCUACGUCGGAUUUGCGGAUUCUCAUCGCCGUUCAGGUUAAGACAGUAGCACUCGUUAGUAAAAGAGAGAUAAACGUUCAUGUUAUUAUUAUACAACGUUAAUCGAGCAAGAGCACACAAAUCGAAACAGCUGUCUCUCUCUUUCUCUUUCCCUCUCUUUCUAUCUGCAUAUUUCUAACUUGCUCUAUCCUUUCAUUCUCUCUCUCUCUCUCUCUCUCUCUCUCUCUCUCUUUCUCUCUUUUUUCUUUAUCCUUUCAUUCUCUCUCUCUCUCUUCCUCUCUCUCUCUCUCUCUCUCCCUCUCUCUCUAUUUUUGUUUUCCAUGCAGACGCCUUUACACGACUGCCGAUAAUGCGAAAUUUAGCGCUACGAUACUUAAGCGUGUUCUUCAACGCGGAAGCUUACCGCUAAACUUCGUACAGUUACCUCGAUUUCCUCCGACAAAAGGAAGAAAAAGAAAAAAGAAAAGAAGAAGAAGAAGAAGAAGAAGAAGAAGAAGAAGAUAAAAGACAAAAAGUAUAUAACAAAUGCGAGAUAAGAGAUCGAGUAUAAAAAUGACAUACAUACAUAAAGACACACUCACAUAAAUACCUAAGGAAAAUUGUAAAUAACGGCAGCGUAUCAAUCUUUCAUCGUCCCAUUAAGUAGAUUUUGAUACACUCCAACGGCGAAUUAACGAAUCGACGCACAACUAGAUAACCUUACGUGUAAAUAGCAUAUUUUUUCACUUAACGAAUAUUCUCUCUCGUUAAAUAUUAUAACGUCGCUCCCAAGAAACAGCAGGAAAAGCGUGCGAGAAAGCUCCGAUGAUCUUACGGGAGCGUGAUUGGCCUAUGUUUAAACACAACACAACAACAGCAAACAGAAACAACAACAACAGCAACAACAACAACAACAACAACAACAACAACAACAACAACAACAACAGUCAUGUAAUAUCCGAAAGUAUUCGUAUAAGAAGCGCGUGCAAUAUUUCUCAUUACUUUCAUUGAAAGAAUCGAAAUCGCACAGACCAUGUUCCUUUUUAAGAAAAUUAUCGGACUGUAUAAGUCCAGGAUAAAUAAAAAGGAUAAUCGUUAUCAAUGACGCACGUUA